GAAACAACGGGUCCCUUCCAAGGCCGGGUAGCGACCUGAAGGUCGCCCCUUGUUCAGCCCAAGAAGACUUUCCUCGUCGAUUGGAGAUGCUCAAGUCCAAUUCUGUCUUGAUGUACAGACCCAGCAAGUAGACUCUCCUCGCUAUCGAGCUUUGGCCUACAACCACAAUCCCUGUCCUCUCCUUCGCCAUCGCCACCGCCACCUCCUCCCGUUCUUCUCUGGCCGCCGCCUCAGACUUGGUGCCCGCGUGCUGCCACCCGCAGGAGCCGCAGAUGGCGUCUUCGACGUCCACCCUAGAGAUCGAGGCUCGCGACGUGGUGAAGAUAAUGCUGCAGUUCUGCAAGGAAAACUCGCUUCAUCAGACGUUCCAGACCCUGCAGAACGAGUGCCAGGUCUCGCUCAACACGGUGGACAGCAUGGACACCUUCAUUGCCGACAUUAAUGCUGGGCGCUGGGAUGCCGUGCUGCCGCAGGUUGCCCAGCUGAAGCUGCCGCGCAAGAAGCUCGAGGACCUCUACGAGCAGAUUGUGCUGGAGAUGGCAGAGCUCCGUGAGCUUGACACGGCCCGUGCAAUCCUUCGCCAGACACAGGUGAUGGGGGUCAUGAAACAGGAGGAACCCGAACGAUACCUCCGACUAGAGCACCUCCUUGUCCGGACAUACUUUGACCCGAAUGAGGCUUACCAAGAAUCUACCAAGGAAAAGCGACGUGCGCAGAUUGCCCAAGCAAUUGCUUCUGAAGUUUCAGUAGUCCCACCAGCUCGGCUAAUGGCACUGAUUACCCAGGCUUUGAAAUGGCAACAGCACCAAGGUUUGUUACCCCCUGGCACACAGUUUGAUUUGUUCAGAGGAACCGCUGCAAUGAAGCAAGACGAAGAAGAGGCAUAUCCUACUACUUUGUCACAUCAAAUAAAGUUCGGGAAGAAAACCCACCCUGAGUGUGCUCGAUUCUCACCCGAUGGCCAGUACCUUGUUUCAUGCUCAGUGGAUGGAAUCAUCGAAGUCUGGGAUUAUGUCAGCGGCAAGCUGAAAAAGGAUCUUCAAUAUCAAGCCGAUGAAAGCUUUAUGAUGCAUGAGGAUGCUGUGCUCUGUGUUGAUUUUAGUAGAGAUUCUGAGAUGCUGGCAUCUGGAUCACAGGAUGGAAAAAUUAAGGUUUGGCGUAUACGAACUGGCCAGUGCUUGCGACGCCUCGAGCGUUCACACGCGAAAGGUGUUACAAGUGUUACAUUUUCACGUGAUGGAACUCAGAUACUGAGUACCUCUUUUGACACUACUGCAAGAAUCCAUGGCCUUAAGUCCGGGAAGAUGCUAAAAGAAUUUCGCGGUCAUGACUCCUACGUGAACUAUGCCAUCUUUUCUACUGAUGGCACCCGUGUUAUCACAGCUUCCAGUGACUGUACUGUUAAGGUAUGGGAUGCGAAAACAGCAGACUGUUUGCAAUCAUUCAAGCCUCCUCCUCCUCUGAGGGGAGGAGAUGCAUCUGUUAACUCUGUCCAUUUGUUUCCAAAGAAUAGUGAUCACAUUGUUGUCUGCAAUAAGACUUCGUCAAUAUACAUCAUGACUUUACAAGGACAGGUUGUAAAGAGCUUCUCAUCUGGUAAACGGGAAGGAGGAGAUUUUGUUGCAGCUUCUGUUUCACCAAAAGGAGAAUGGAUAUAUUGUGUUGGUGAAGACAUGAACAUGUAUUGCUUUAGCCAACAGUCCGGUAAACUUGAGCAUCUAAUGAAGGCCCAUGACAAGGAUGUGAUUGGCAUUACUCACCACCCUCACAGGAACUUGGUUGCCACCUAUGCCGAAGAUUGUAUGAUGAAGAUAUGGAAGCCUUAAUUACAUUCAUUCAUUUCCAGUUUUAUUAAUCUGAGUGGUAUUUUAGAGGAUGCAUUUGGUUCUUGUAAUAUUUGUACUGUAGCAUAUAUAAAACCAGUUGGAGUGAUUGAUCAUCAAACACAUUAAGCUACGGGAGAAUGGCCGCAUGCUGGUUGGCCGUGGCAAAAAACAUUUUGAUUUUUUUGGAAGAUGAAAUUGGUGAACUUUUUGAUUUUUUUUUGAAGAUGAAAUCGAGACUUUUUUCUUUUGA